AGACACGGAACCAACGGCGUCUGCGCACAGCAGAGCGGAAGUUCAUUGCGAAGGACAAGGUUGCUCAGGGGGACUGGUUUACCUGUUGUACCAGCGUGCAGGUUGUGUUUCUUCUGCGUUCUUCUAUAUUACGAUGGCAGAAAGUGAAGAACAGAGUCCAGAACUCCCUUCUCUUCCACAAGAGGACACUGCUCAGGGUCAGAAGGUGACACCGCACGCUCCGCAGCCUCGCUUGUGCAGGUUCUACUCCCAGGGACGUUACUGCCAGUUUGGACAGAGAUGCAGAUUUCGGCACCAACGUGUAGAUCACAAACUCCCUGAGAAAAAGAAUAAGCUGCUCGUACCAAAUAAUACUGUGGAGCAGAAUGCAGUUGCAGAACAACUGGCUCCACAUGGCAAAGAUGAGCUCAACCGUGUCCCACCAAAGGCCCACCCUGAACCGCUCCACAAGCAGCACCGAAACAGAAAGCUCUGCUGGUACUUUGCUUCAGGAUACUGCUCCAUGGAUCAAAACUGCAGGUUUUGGCAUCCUCAGAAGCUUCCAGCUGUACAUGAUAAUGUCUCUGGAAAUAAAAAACCACCUAGUAGAACUAAGGUGGAGCGACCAUCGAUUAUUCCAAAAGAGAUAAAGUUUGCAGAUCUAACUGUAGAGUUGGCCACUAAACUUAGAGAGACAGAAAUUUCUCAACUUUUGAAGCGAUUUCCUAAGGACAAACUGAUCGUCCAAGAGAGAGAGGAUGGAAAAGUUACAUAUUAUAGGGUAACUGUGGAGCCUACGGAUCCGGACUGGCCAUUUGACCUAAAGGAAAUUGAGAUUUUGCUGGAGUUCCCAGAAGACUACCCCUUGCAGGUUUUCACAAUUCAGAUUCCCGAAGAUCAAGAUUUACCCUCUGUUAUGGGCAGGCACGUGUGUGACGCCUCCAAAGCAUGGCUGGACGCAAAGCAUGCAACCAAUCAGUUGGUUGGAAAAGUGGAGCUUUUGUUUAGGCCUUUUCUACUUUGGUUAGAUCGCAACUUGGAGCGCUUAUAUACAGAAGGAGCUCGCCUGUUAAAAAGAGACAUUGACGCAGAGAAUGCUGGCUUAGAGUUUGUGCCAUACCAACAGUUGCAAGCAGCAGUUGCAGUUAAAUCAAGCAAGGAUGAAAAUGUUGAAGAUACGGGACCACACGAAACUAAUCUCCAAGAAGAUCUGGAAGAUGAUGACUCUGAUAGCUGGAUAAGCUGUGAUGAAGAUGAUGACGACCUAGAGCCUGGCACUGGUGGUGACACCAUUGAUGGGAUGAGAAAUGUGGAAGGAGGAGCGGCAGUAGGCCCAAGAAAAGGAACAGAAAUACGCUUUUUGGGAUUAAAAUUGGGAGCUGGAGUGGGCACCUUGACUCCACUUCACAUUGUAGUGUCCUUGCAGUGUGGCAGGUGUAAUGUUACAGCAGACUUGUCAAUGACAGGAAAGCAGCCAUGUUCAGCACAGUGUGAAAAAUGCAACAGUCGUAUCUCUGGCACCUUCCUCCCUAGUAUCCUGCACCAGUACUCAACUCUGCUGGGUUAUGUGGAUAUACAAGGCGCCACAGCCAGAGAUCUGGUAUUGCUGGAGUGUACAUUCAUGAUCAACUGCUUAAAUUGUUCUCAUGAAGAACCAAUAAAGAGUCUCUCUUAUGGCAUCACUAAAGAGCUGAAUUGUGUCCAAUGCCACAGCAAACUCAGCAUUUUCAGUGAAGCCACCAGAUUCCAAAAGAUUCAGCGUUACCUUGGCAAAGAUUCUGGUAGCAAAGAUGGUUUUAUCCGAAAGAAGACAAUGAGAGAUCCUUCUAUACAACCUGGGAAACCUCUUCCAGAUCGAGGCACCUGUAGACAUUACAGGAAGAGCUACCGCUGGCUAAGAUUCCCAUGCUGUGGGAAAGCUUACCCGUGUGAUAGUUGUCAUGAUGAAGCUGAAACCCAUGAAAUGGAUCUGGCUUCGCGCAUGUUAUGUGGUUAUUGUGCUAAGGAACAGCCAUACAGUAACGGGAAGGCCUGCAUUUCAUGUGGGAACAUGAUGACUAGGAACAUUCACGCAAUACACUGGGAAGGAGGGAAGGGCUGCAGAAAUAAAAUAAAGAUGUCAAGAAAAGAUAAGCAAAAAUAUAACAGCUCCUCGAAGACUGUGUCACGGAAGAGUGUAAGCAAGAAGUAGAUUUCAACCAUCAUAGUUUAAUAAUGAACAGAGUCUGGAUGGCACAAUAUGUACCAAAGAACAUAGGACUCUUUUUCAUCAGUAUGAUCGUUAUUCCACACAUUGCUUCUGUGCAGUUGCUUCAGUUACAGGGGCGCGAAACAUCUAAGACAAAAAAAAAAAAUGCCUGGUCAUAACAUCUCGGAAUGUAAUAAAUAUCUUUUAUUUUAUUUUGUGCUAUUAUCCAUGCAUUCCAUCAGCAUUGUAAAUGAUGCACAUAUUUAUUUAUGUUGCCAUUACUAGACCCAGGGUGCGUAAUUUUUCUGUCAGUCUAUCUGAUCUAUCAAAUGUAUCUAAUAAAAUCUAUCUAAUGUAUCAAAUCUAUUUUACACACAGUACGUGUUAAUUUGCUUUCUUCUGUUGUCUGUACUUGGUAUAGGGAUAUAUGCAGACAGCAUGCCAGUGGACACAUUUGUAUUGAUUUUAUUUUAUUCAUUUUCUUCCUAAAUGCAAAAUAAAUGGGGUCUUCCCAUCUGGGACAUUUAUGGCAUAACAAUAGGAUAUGUCAAAUGUUUGAUAUGUGAGGGUCCCACCUCUGGGACCCACUCCUAUCUCCAAAAUGGAGCCCUGAAGUGAACAGCGAGCAAGCUGUACAUGCACGUCCACCCUCCACUCAUGGCUUUUCCAAAAUACCCCAGUGCGGUCUCAUCUAUUUUUGGAAUUCCUAUAGUGGUGAUAUAGGGUUGUCCGCGUUUGCACGGCUAGUUCUCCUUUCAGUGCUGUGGUACUCCAAAAAUAGCCAAGCGUAGAAAGAAAGCAAUGUAGCCAGCAUUGUAAAUGGUGCAUAACAGAAAUAAGGCUGUGUUCACAUCUGCAUCAAAGUCUUCCAUUGUUUUGAUGGGUAAAAUGGCUUUGCACGUCAGUCAAAUUGACAGACAUCUCAAGGGAACUCGACGGACAUCAUUAUAAGCCAGUGAGGUCUUUCUUGUGUGAUCGGUUAUGCAUUGUGGUUUAAAUUUGUAAUGGAAAUUACACUGCAGAUGUGAACAGAGCCAAAGGCUUUAUAGGUUCACAACUUGAUAACCUAGGGCAG